AUGGCCCCCACCACGGUACCCCCUGCUCCCCCCCCUAUUAGUACUCCCUUGAAGACGAUUGUUGUUCUAGGUGCGGCAUAUGGUGGUGCUCGCGCAGCACAACUCCUCGCGAACGCAGCCCCAGAAGGAUGGAGGGUAGUCGUCAUUGAUAGAAACACCCACAUUAAUCACGUGUACACUUUCCCCCGGUAUUCCGUCCUUCUGGGUCAUGAACAUAAAGCGUUCAUUCCUACUCGUAACAUCUUCCAGCUGCCAGAUCCUUCAGCCCCAUCACCACAUAUCGUCCUUCACGCCCAGGUGGAGUCUUUCAGCCAAAACCAUAUCGUCCUCUCACGGGCAUUUCCGGAGUUCGGUAUUCAUUCUGCCACGCUCCAUUAUGACUACGCUGUGUACGCUCUCGGGGCGCAAUUACCCGAUCCCGUCAACUUACGGGGUCCCCGGCUAGAUCCCAGAGAGAAGGAUAAAACAGAAUGUCAUGGAACCAAGGCGGAGGGAACCAGCUGGCUCCAGUCGAGCCAAAAGGUGAUUGCCGCAGCAGGCAGGGUGCUCGUCGUGGGGGGUGGGGCGUUAGGAAUACAGCUGGCUUCUGAUAUCGCUGAUGUUUACCCUAUGAAAAAGGUUACUCUGCUCCAUUCGCGUCGGAGGCUGUUGCCCAAGUAUGAUGAGGGAAUGCAUGUUGAGAUCGUUCAGUCUUUGACAGCACUCAACGUUGAAAUGAUCCUUGGGGAGCGUCUGGACAUGAAUUCUGUCGACAACGUUAAUGAUGCGGGACAGCGCAUUGUACGAACAGAGUCUGGGAAAGAAAUCGCUGCUGAUCUUCUCCUGCUCUGUACGGGACAAAUUCCCAACACUGCACUGCUGAAGGAGAUGGAUCCGUCUACAAUGAACCCUGAAAAUUCGCUGGCUCAUGUGCUGAGGUCUCUCCAGCUCGGUUCUACGCCUGUCUCUGAGGAAGAAGUCGAAGAUACUCCCUACGGAAAUAUAUUCGUCAUUGGAGACGCGGCGGAUGCGUUCGGUGCUAUUCAGGCUGGACAUAAUGCCUAUGCUCAGGCCGAUGUUGCUGCCAAGAACAUCCUGAAGCUCAUCAGUGGAUCUGGAAAAAACGAGUUGGAGAGGUAUACCCCUUCGCCUCCGUCUAUCAAGGUGUCUGUAGGCAUUGCGAAAAGGGUGUACCAAGUCAAUGGUGCGAUCAAGUCUAUCAAUAGUGGAGUAGAGGAUAUGCUGGCCAAGGUGAUGUGGCCGAAAUUCGGAAUCGAGGUGAAGGACGAUGCAGAUAUGUAUGAAUAA